GAAAUGAGGAAAAGACUUGGAAAUGGCUGGAGAGACAGGAAAGGAAAACAACAAUGGACUGGAUUACCGACAACGAGCUGGAAACAGAAAGGAUGGAGAAAUGAGGAAAAGUCUGGGGGAAAGGAAAUAUUUAAAAGAGGCAACUGUGAUUGUGGAAGUGGAUAAAGUGAAUGGAGUAAGAGCAGAGGAUGUAAUCAAAGCAGUAUCAGAGAGGAUUGGAGGAGGGAAAAUUUUGGCGGUGAGAUCGAGACAAGGAAAAGAAUGCGAAGUAACAUUGGAGAAGGAGGAAACGUGUGAGGAACUGAUGGAUGGACUGACAAUAAAAGGAACUAACUGCGAGAUAAAAAAAAUGCAAAACAGAGAAUAUGUUGUUUCUUUUAUGCAUUUGCCCGUCUACCUGGAAGAUGAACACAUUUUAGAGAAAUUGGAGGGUUGGGGGGUUUUCCCCAUUUCAAAAAUCGAAAGGAGGCUUUACACGGGCACUGAUAUUGAAGAUGGCACAAGGUAUGUCAAAGUGAGGUUCCCCAGAGAGGUGGUGUCCCUCCCGUACAGCACGAAGAUGGAGACAGCAGAAGGGCAGCAGUAUUGCAGGGUGAUGCACAGCUGCCAGGUGAAAACCUGUAGGUUGUGCAUGAGCCCCAAGCAUCUGCUGAAAGAUUGCCCAGAUUUUAAAUGUUAUAAGUGCGGGGAAAAGGGACACUUUGCACGGGACUGCAAUACUGUCAAGUGCCCGGACUGCCAUGAGUUUUUAAUUAGAUGUGAGUUUUCAAAAGCUUACGAGAGUGUGCUGAACUCGUAGUUC